UCGGAGGAUCACGGCGGCUCGUGGCGGCGGCGGCGGCGGCUAAUUAGGGUUUGGAAAGGCUACCAUUGCUUGAGAUUGAGGUCAUCGUCGUCAUCAGGCUGUCUAUCUAUGGCGGAAGAUUUCGGCAACUAAACCCUAGGGACUGUCAAUUGCGACUACGGAGCAAAAUUGAGCGGCGAAUUGAGGAUUCCGAUGGGGAGAACGACGAGGCGGAAGGUACUGAUAGCGCUAGGGAUCGUUAUGCUCAUGGGAAUCGCUCUUCACUUCCGGAUAUGGACGAUUGAUUAUCGCCUCUCUGCUAACGACGCCGAGCUACUGCGGAGAGAAUUCGAUCUGGCUAACAGAGAAGCCAUGGACGAAUCUGCGGAGUGGAGAAGGAGAUACGAUUCGGAGGCGGAUAAGUCAGCGGAGUGCUUGAGGAAACUUGAGGAAAUUGAGAAGUUUCCUCGCGGGGCAGCGUUGGUUUCUACGGAUCUGAACAAGAAGAUCAAGAUGCUGCAGAAGGAGAACAUGGAUUUGCUCGAAAGGGUCGAGUCUCUGAAGCAAGAACUCGAAUCGGAGAAACUGAAAUGCAGCAAGGUGAAUAUGUAGAUGGUUGUUAAAGAUCAUAUACUCUUGCAAGGUUUCUCUUUGGUUUCUUUGUUGCUAAAUCACAAAUGUGGAUCAAAACAUUUACUUGUACAUUCAUACCCUUUUCUUACAAGAAUGUGUCUUAGGUAAA